AUGGCAGGCGGUGCAAAGAAACCUGUCAACAUUUUCAAGUUGAAAGACUUGGGUGAGCCAAGCAAUGUCUUCAAUUGGCGACUAUGGUUCGCUGUGAUCUCCUUUGGCCUCAUGGGCGCAGCCAGAGGUGUUGAUGAGGGCCUGAUCUCGGGCGCUUUCAAUUCAAAGGACUUUCAGAGAACCAUCCAUUUCGAUUCCUACAGCGAGGUCGAACAGACCAACAUCAAAGCCAAUGUGUCGGCCAUGGUACAGAUUGGCUCUGUCGGAGGCGCUCUCUUUUCGUUCCUGGUUUGCGAUCGCAUCGGCCGUAUUUGGGCAACUCGUCAGCUCUGUAUACUCUGGAUUGUGGGAAUUGCUAUCUUUAUGGGGGCGAAUGGUAACCUGGGAGCCAUCUAUGCCGGUCGAUUUGUCGCUGGUCUAGGUGUUGGCCAGACUGUCGUCGUCGGUCCUGUCUAUCUCGCGGAGAUUGCACCUGCAUCAGUCCGAGGUCUCUGUACCUGUAUCUUUACUGGAUUUGUGUACCUGGGAAUUGUUCUAGCCUACUUCGCCAACUAUGGCUGUGAAAUCAACUUGGGCGACAACACGCACAAGCGAUGGGAAGUCCCGACCAGUUUGCACAUCAUGUUUGCCGGUAUCAUCUUCCUCCUCUCCUUCCUCCAGUACGAAUCCCCUCGAUUCCUCGUGAAGAAAGGCGACCAUGAGAAAGCCGUGAAGAACUUGGCUCGUGUUCGAAACCUCCCUGUCGACCAUGAAUACGUGAUGGAAGAGUUCACCGCUAUCCAAAGCUCCCACCAAAUGGAGAUGGAAGCCACCAUGGGUGCCGGCUGGUUCGGAACCAUCAAGGAAACCUUCUUCAUCCCCAACAACCUAUACAGACUGUACCUCGCCAUCAUGGCCCAGCUUCUCUCCCAAUGGUCCGGCGCCGGAUCCAUCACUCUCUAUGCGCCCGACUUUUUCAGCCUCCUCGGCAUCACCGGCGACAACGAGUCUCUCCUCGUCACCGCCGUCUUCGGUAUCAUCAAGCUAGUAUCAGCCGUCGUCUGCGCUCUCUUCCUAGUCGACGUGAUCGGCCGCAAACGCGCCCUCCUCCUAGGAAUCACCCUCCAAGCCAUCUCCAUGAUCUACAUCGCCGGCUUCCUCUCCUCCGUCCCCAAAAUGGGCGUCGACGACUCCUUCGUCCUCCCAGAAGCCAAGCAGGGCGCGAGCCGCGGCGCCAUCGCCAUGAUCUACAUCUCUGGCGUGGGCUGGGCCCUCGGCUGGAACUCAAUGCAGUACCUGCUCACUGCCGAGUUGUUCCCUCUGCGCAUCCGUGCGCUGUGUACCUCGCUCGCGAUGACAUUGCAUUUCGUCAACCAGUAUGGUAACUCGCGGGCUGUGCCUAACAUGCUCCUGGGAACUCAUGCGGGCGGUAUCACGCCCCAGGGUACAUUUUGGUUCUUCGCGGCCGUGACCAUCCUCGGUGGAAUCUGGGUGUGGUUCAGUGUACCCGAGACAGCUGGUCGGUCGCUGGAGAGCAUGGACAGACUGUUCGAGCUGCCAUGGUACAGAAUUGGUCUGUAUGGUAACCGUGAUGCGGAGGCGAGGGAUCUGGUCAUGUCGGAGAAGACUCAGAUGGCUGAGGAGACGCAUGGUGGAUCGCAGCAUAUAGAGAAGACGGGGGAUAACUCGGCGAAAGUUUGA